ACGCUGGAUGCCCUGCUGGACAUGAACGAGGCUAAGGUGAAGGAGACGCUGCGGCGCUGCGGGGCCAGUGCCGAGGAGUGUGGCCGCCUGCAGUACGCCCUCACCUGCCUGCGGAAGGUGACAGGACUGGGCGGAGAACACAAAGAGGACUCGGGCUGGAGUUCGUCGGAUGCCCGACGGGAAAGUGGCUCCGGGCCUCCCGCGGACAGCCUCUCGUCAGCCAGCCUGCCCUGGCCCCCAGGGAGCUCCCAGCUGGGCAGAGUGGGCAGCGGUGCCCAGGGCCCACGCUCCGUCUCCGUGUCUGCUCUGCCCACCUCGGACUCCCCAAAUCCUGGCCCCGGCGAGGGCCUCGCGGACCCCUGUAUCUCCCUGCACACCAGCGGCCGGCUGACGCCCCGCGCGCUGCCCAGCUUCAUCACUCCACCGACCACGCCCCAGCUCCGCCGGCACACCAAGCUGAAGCCGCCCAGAACGCCGCCCCCGCCCAGCCGCAAGGUCUUCCAGCUGCUGCCCAGCUUCCCCACGCUCACCCGGAGCAAGUCCCACGAGUCUCAGCUGGGGAACCGCAUCGACGAGGUCUCCCCGAUGAGGUUCGAUCUCCUGCACGGAUCCCCACAGAUGGUACGAAGGGACAUCGGGCUCUCGGUGACACACAGGUUCUCCACCAAGUCCUGGCUGUCGCAGGUCUGCCACGUGUGCCAGAAGAGCAUGAUGUUCGGAGUGAAGUGCAAGCAUUGCAGGUUGAAGUGUCAUAACAAGUGUACAAAAGAAGCCCCCGCCUGUAGAAUAUCCUUCCUUCCACUACCCAGGCUUCGGAGGACAGAAUCUGUCCCCUCGGACAUCAACAAUCCGGUGGACAGAGCAGCUGAACCCCAUUUCGGAACCCUUCCCAAAGCACUGACGAAAAAGGAGCAUCCUCUGGCCAUGAACCACCUGGACUCCAGCAGCAACCCGUCCUCCACCACGUCUUCCACGCCCUCCUCGCCAGCGCCCUUCCCGACGUCAUCCAACCCACCCAGUGCCACCACGCCCCCCAACCCCUCGCCUGGCCAGAGGGAUGGCAGGUUCAACUUCCCAGCUGCCUACUGUAUUCACCAUAGAGAGCAGUUUAUCUUCCCAGCGCUAUCUGCUGGCAAUUGGUGGAAAUGCCUCCAGGGCAGAAAAGAAGGGAAAUAUAACGUUUCGGCAUUUCCUCAGGCAGUCCCAUUCGCCGAGGCGGACAGUUCCCGGCUUGAGAACCAGCAAAAAGCAGAUGUGUCCGAGGAUCACGAAGUGGAGGCUGAGGAGCCCGAGGCCGGCAGGUCGGAGGUCGAAGACGACGAGGACGAGUUGGAUGACCUGCCGAGCUCCCGCCGGCCCUGGCGAGGCCCCAUCUCUCGCAAGGCCAGCCAGACCAGCGUGUACCUGCAGGAGUGGGACAUCCCCUUCGAGCAGGUGGAGCUGGGCGAGCCCAUUGGGCAGGGCCGCUGGGGCCGGGUGCACCGCGGCCGCUGGCACGGCGAGGUGGCCAUCCGCCUGCUGGAGAUGGACGGCCACAACCAGGACCACCUGAAGCUGUUCAAAAAGGAAGUGAUGAACUACCGGCAGACGCGGCAUGAGAACGUGGUGCUCUUCAUGGGGGCCUGCAUGAACCCGCCGCACCUGGCCAUCAUCACCAGCUUCUGCAAGGGACGGACGUUGCACUCGUUUGUGAGGGACCCCAAGACAUCUGUGGACAUCAACAAGACCAGGCAGAUCGCCCAGGAGAUCAUUAAGGGAAUGGGAUAUCUCCAUGCCAAGGGCAUCGUGCACAAAGAUCUCAAAUCUAAGAAUGUCUUCUAUGACAAUGGCAAAGUGGUCAUCACAGACUUCGGGCUGUUCGGGAUCUCAGGCGUGGUCCGAGAGGGACGGCGUGAGAACCAGCUGAAGCUGUCACAUGACUGGCUGUGCUACCUGGCCCCCGAGAUUGUGAGGGAGAUGACCCCCGGGAAGGACGAGGACCAGCUGCCCUUCUCCAAAGCGGCUGACGUCUAUGCAUUUGGGACCGUUUGGUAUGAGCUGCAAGCCAGAGACUGGCCCUUGAAGAACCAAGCUGCGGAGGCCCUGAUCUGGCAGAUUGGAAGCGGAGAGGGAAUGAAGCGAGUCCUGGCCUCCGUCAGCCUGGGGAAGGAAGUCACCGAGAUCCUGUCCGCCUGCUGGGCCUUCGACCUGCAGGAGAGGCCCAGCUUCCCGCUGCUGAUGGACAUGCUGGAGAAGCUGCCCAAGCUGAACCGGAGGCUCUCGCACCCUGGGCACUUCUGGAAGUCUGCCGAGUAA